AUGGCAUCUGCAAUAACACAAUUAAUUCUCUACUCAACAUGUGACACUUCCCAUCUGCAACUACGUCUCUCUUCUCCAUCUCCUCUACCUUUUCUUCCUCCAACCUCUACUGCUUCUGCUGCCGGCAAAACCCGGUUCCCUAUGCUGCCUCAACUUUACAGCCACCGGAAUAUAUUAGCAGCCCCUAAAGCCAACCCUGAAAAUGACGGCAUUGUAGCUGCUGAUAACGAUGGGGAAGAUGGAGUCUCUUUGGGAACCUUGAAAUUGCCUGGCAAUACUGAUCUACAGAGAUUUGAAAUCUUGCUUUUCCAGUGGGCAAACAGUCUUUGCCAAGGAGCGAAUCUGCCGCUUCCAGUGCCAUUAAAGGUUGAUAAAAUACCAGGUGGAGCUAGGCUGGGUUUCACAACAGUUGGAAAUGGAAAGACUGAGGUGCUUGUGUACAUAGAUUGCUUGGUUUUCCCAGCUACCAGUGCUUCAGGUCCAAUUUUUCGAGCCAUAAGAAAUGGACCAUUAAAAGAUGUAUCACCUCCUGGUGAGCCCAGAAUCAUGAGGAGCCUUCUGCAAGCCCUCCAAAAAUCAGUUCAAAUUGCUACAUCCUGGGUUGCUUAUUCUGGGAUUAAAAUGAAAAAAAUAGAGAAACAAGCAGAGGUAGAAAAAAGGCCUGGAGACGGAGGAGAUGAUUAUGAUGCUAUCGUUGUGGGGUCUGGAUAUGGUGGUUCUGUUGCUGCUUGUCGAAUGUCAAUGGUGGGAAUAAAGGUUUGUCUGAUAGAGAAAGGCCGGAGAUGGAAAGCAGAGGAUUUCCCAACUGACAGCUGGAAGAUUAUGUCAACUGCGAGGUAUGAGAACCAGAACUUAGGCAUCAGUUUUGGACCAACGGAUGCUUUAUUUCAGGUAUAUGAACAGAAGGAUUCUUUAGCAGCAGUGGCUUGUGGACUUGGUGGAGGUUCACUGGUCAAUGCAGGAGUGAUGCUGCCAACACCAAUUCGUGCUAGAAGGAGUCCAAAAUGGCCAAAGGAAUGGGAAAGGGACUGGGAUGAUUGUGAAGCUUCUGCUGCAGCAAUGCUUAGAAUUCAAAGCAGUUCGGUCAAAUUUCCCAUAGCCAAAGUCAUGGGAGAACUAGCUGAAGGAGAGUUUGAAAGAAAUACUGAGAGCUCCUUAAAGCUAAGUGUGAAUUUUGAUGCUGAAGAACCUCCUUCCAAUCCACCAAAGCUUCAGCAGAUUAAUAGCUGCUUUGCCUGUGGAAAUUGUAUUGCUGGGUGUCCUUACAAUGCCAAAAAUUCUACCGAUAAAAAUUAUAUUUUCUCAGCAAUCCAGGCAGGAUGUACUAUAAGAACAGAAUGCCAAGUUCAGUAUGUGAUUAAGAACCCCUAUGGAGUUGGCCAACAAGGCAGAAUUAGCAGAAAAAGAAGAUGGUGUGUUUACUUAAAUGAGAUUGACUACAUAACCUCUGAUUUUGUAAUUCUGUCAGCUGGAGUUUUGGGCACAACUGAGAUGCUUUUCCAGUCACAGAUGAGAGGAUUGAGGCUUUCAGAUACUCUUGGAUCUGGAUUCAGCUGUAAUGGCAAUACCAUUGCUUAUGUUGCUGGAAGCCCUGCACCUCUGAAUGGUUAUGGAUUAAGCAGAAAGCAAAUAUCAGAGAUAACUUUUCAAGAUAGGCCAGGGCCAUCUAUCUCUUUGUCUCACACCUCUUCAUUGGGUUUUACAAUCCAGAGUGCUAUACUUCCAAGAGCUUAUCCUUACCUGUUGUUCGAAGGGAUUGCAACUUAUAAGUCGCCAACUGGUUACUGCUUCUUUCAUGGGAUUGUCGAUAAGCUGAGACAUAUUAUAGGUCUUAACUUAAGUCAAUCUAUCAUUCUCAAUGCAAUGGGAUAUGAUGAAAGUGAUGGGAAAAUUAUGUUAGAAAAAGACACAGACAAAAUCUGCUUUCAUCCACCCCACGAUCCUUUACUUCCACAAAAAAUCAAAGCUUUUCAAAAGCUUAGCAAAAAACUUGGGGGAAUCCUUUUCAUGUCUAGGUACAGAAGCACAGCAGUUCAUCUUUUAGGUGGUUGCAAUGCAUCAUCAGAUUCUUCAGGCGGUGUAUGCAACCAUAAAGGUCAGGUUUUUGACCCCAACACUCCUGCCACCCUGCAUGCAGGCCUCUACGUUUGUGAUGCUUCUCUAAUCCCAUGUUCCGUUGGCAUAAACCCAUCUCUUACUAUUGCAACAGCCGCUGAACACACAAGCAGGUACCUUGUGCAGGACAUUCUCGAGUUCAAAAGCAAAAAUAGUACAAGUGUUGUACCUGCUGAUCAGAAUCAAUGUGCUGUCACUGAUAAAAGUUUAGAGAACGACCAUGGAGCAACUGUUCUGAUUAAAGAAACCAUGAGAGGCUAUGUGGGGGGCAUGCCAUGCACAGUUCAUCUAAAAAUGAAAAUCCACUCACAGAAUCAUAAGAGCUUUGAUAAACAGAAUUGGUUUGUAGGAGAAUCUCACCCUCUUCUGAGGGGAAAGGUUGGCGGGUAUGUGGUGUUUAGAGCCAUUGAAAAGGACAAAUUACAUGUCAUAGAUGGGGAAAUGGAUUUGUGUGUGGUAGAUUGCAGAACUCCUUAUGCCCAGUAUAUGCACUAUCGUCUUCUCCUUGCAGCUUCUUCUGGUUCAAGAUAUAUUCUCGAGGGAAAGAAAAUAAUGAAUCCUUACUACUUUGCAUUAUAUGCUUGGAGGGAGACAACAACACUGUAUGUAACAUUUAAUAAGGUUGCUCCGAGUGGCUCAAUAGACACACUGCUGAAUCUGAAAGGAGAGCUUACAGUUUCCUUCAUAGACCUUCUGAAGUGCUUUAUAAGCCUCAAAGGAAACGGGAGAGGAAGAUUCAUGCAUCUUCUCUUACAGACUUUCUUAAGGACUUACAUCUUACAAAUGCCACGAGGGACCCACAAGAACUUCAUCGCAACAGAUUCAUACAAUAAGAGUUAUCCAAGCAGCACUAUCAAUGACAUAAGAACAGAAGAUGGAUAUAUCAUUAGAUGCAGGCAGUGGAAAAAUGCUAGAUAUUCCUUGUUGCUUAACAGAGAGAGACUGCUAAAUCCUAUUCUCCUUCUCAAUGGUUAUUCUACUGAGAAUUACUGGCUACCAACAGAACCACAUGAUUUAGUCAGAACUUUGUUGGAAGAAGGGCUUGAAGUUUGGCUAUUGCAGACUAGAUUGCACCCUCUGAAUCCUGCAAACGAUGCUACUAUUGAAGAUAUUGGAAAAUAUGAUAUCCCUGCUGCAAUUGGUAAGAUCCUUGAAGUUCAUGGGCCCCGCACAAAGAUACAUGUAGUGGCACACUGUGUUGGAGGCUUGGCCAUUCAUAUAGCUCUCAUGGGAGGGCAUAUCUCUGCAACUCACAUAGCUUCUCUGUCGUGUACCAAUUCUUCAAUGUUCUUCAAGCUUACGUCAUUAGCCACAAUCAAAAUGUGGCUUCCCCUGGUCCCAAUAUCAAUGGCUCUACUAGGCAAGAAGAAAGUUCUACACCUUUUGGAAAAAUCAAAGGGAAGUUCUCGACACAGGCUUUUGAAAUACAUAGCUCAGUGUUUACCACGAUAUGAGAGAUGCACAUCCAAGGAGUGCGAGGUCUUCUCUGGAAUAUUUGGAAACACAUUCUGGCAUGAAAAUGUAGGUCCUGCGAUGCACCACUGGUUGAAUAAGCAAAGCUCAACAAAGCUUCCCAUGUCCGCAUUUCCUCACCUCAGAAAAAUCUGCAACUCUGGAUAUAUUGUAGACAGUAAUGGUCACAACUCAUUCUUGAUCCAUCCAGAGAGAAUGGCAAUCUCAACGCUAUAUAUUUCCGGCGGACGUAGUCUCCUUGUGACCCCAGAGACCUCUUACCUUGCUAAUAAGUACAUGAAGUUGCACCAACCUGGUUUUAGACAUGAAAGGGCAGUCGUGGAUGGUUUUGGACAUUCAGAUUUAUUGAUUGGAGAGAAGUCUCGUGAGAAGGUUUUUCCGCACAUUGUAUCUCAUAUAAGAUUAGCCGAACAAGAAGGAAAUGAUUUGACGAAUUCUCCAAGAAAGAAGUACAGCAAAGCGGCUUUGGACUGGGGUGAUGAUCCUUACAAAGAAUAUGGGGACUCUGGUUGUUGGUUUUCCGCAUUGGCGAUUAUUUUGUUGGUCUUGUUAUUACAUGUCAACUUUUGCAUUAUAGAAGGGCCAGAGACGGUUCAGGAUUUUGUUCAAAUGCAGUUGCAAGAAAUUCAGGACAACAUAAGGAGCAGGCGUAAUAAGAUUUUUCUACUCAUGGAAGAGGUAAGGAGAUUAAGGGUACAACAGCGAAUAAAGGAGCUGAAAGUUGUCGAUGAGAGUGGCGAGGAAGAUGCAGAUGAGAUGCCUGAGAUGCCGUCAUCAAUUCCUUUUCUUCCCCAUGUGACACCGAAGACAUUGAGGCAGCUUUACCUGACAAGCUUCUCUUUUGUAUCAGGGGUUAUCAUAUUUGGUGGCCUUAUUGCUCCAACAAAUAGCUUGAAGAUUGUUCUGGUGCAUAUGGGUGUAAUUGUGAAUGUGAGAUGGGAGCAAGACGUGUGUUGUAGCAAGUCAUUUAAGUGUGUGGUUAAGUCCUGCAGCAAGCAUCUAUUAAGUUUAGAUGUUGGAACUAAAAUUAGGUCUUGGGGGCACCUCAUACGAGGAUUUCAUACGCAGCAUGCAUUUGCCAUUGCAGUUGAGGUCGAUCCAAUUGUGGCCUCGUUUGCAGGUGGGGCUGUGGGUGUCAUUUCAGCCUUGAUGUUAAUUGAAGCUAACAAUGUUGAGCAACAAGAGAAGAAAAGGUGUAAAUAUUGCCAUGGAACUGGAUAUUUGGCCUGUGCUCGGUGUUCUGCAAGUGGUGUUUGCUUGAGCAUUGAUCCCAUUUCACUGUCUAGUGCUUCAGAUCGUCCAUUACGAGCGCCGACUACUCAAAGGUGUCCAAACUGCUCUGGUGCAGGGAAGGUUAUGUGCCCUACAUGCCUGUGCACUGGAGUGAUGAUGGCAAGUGAACAUGAUCCACGAUUUGAUCCAUUUGAUUAA